AUCCGACUGCGCCAACUUGCUGCACAGACUCUCGGCUUUUCACAGAGCGGCACAGCUGUGAAUGGAGUUCGGGGGGCUCAUCAACGUUUCACCCGCAAUGUCACCAUCUCCGAGUUUCCGUGGAAGAGGCCACUAAAGUCCGCAUGGAAGCUUAUAAGAGAAGCACGAAGUGAUGGUAUUGCAAGAAAUAUGGUCUGAAUCAUCAUCCUCGUCUUGAAACAGAAAACUUCAUCUUCAUUCAAACGUAAUCUAAAAUUAUCUACAUCUCUUCGGCCCUGUUCACGAUGACUGCUAUCAACUCGAUUGCCACCAAAUACAAAACUGAGCGAGAUAAGAGAUUCAUCGCCAUCUCUGACAACCAAGGAGACCGUAUCAACUUCAGGACUAGUUCCUUGAUGAACGACUUUAAUCGUGACCCUUGGGCCAACUACGACGCCCUCGCCAAGGAAACUCCGCCUUUGAGUGACGGAUCCGAGAUUCGUUUCCUGAUCCUUGGUGCCGGCCAUAAUGGCAUACUCUUUGCCUAUCAGCUAGUCGCGGCUGGAUUUAAUCCGGCCGAUAUUGUCAUUAUAGACGAGGCCGGCGGCUUUGGCGGCACCUGGUACUGGAAUCGCUACCCAGGCCUGACCUGCGAUGUCGAAGGCUACUGCUACUUGCCACUUCUCGAGGAGACAGGAUUCGUUCCCAAGCAUCGCUACUCGAAGGGCCAAGAGAUCCGUCAGAACGUUGAGCAGAUCGCAGAAAAGUAUGGAAUCAAGGGUAUGUUUUGUACUAAGGCAAAGGGCGCCGAAUGGGACGACGGCCAGAAGCGUUGGAUUGUCACGAUGAGCCGGAACAUGGGGUCUGAAUAUCAGCAUCUCAAUGGCGAUUUUGUCGUCCGGACACAGUUUCUCAUGCCUGCUGGCGGCCUCUUCUACUCGCCGAGCGCGCCUGACGCUCCUGGUCUCAGCGAAUUCGUGAAGAACCGGGAGAUUUUCCACACGGCUCGUUGGAAUUACGAAUACACCGGCGGUUCUCAAACCCAAACUGACCUGGUCAAUCUGAAAAACAAGAGAGUGGGAAUCAUUGGUACUGGUGCGACGGCUGUACAAGCUGUCCCCGAGCUGGCGAAAUGGUCGGAGCAACUCUAUGUCUUCCAACGCACGCCCUCAUACUGCGGACCAAGAAAGCAAGUUGAGACAACCCCGGAAAGCUGGAAUAUUAUAGCUGGCCGGCCAGGCUGGCAGGCUGAUCGGAUGAGAAACCUAAACAAGUUUCUUAACGACCACCCAGAGGUGACUCCUGUCGAUGACCUCCUUAAAGACGGAUGGAGUAAUGCACGCACGUUCUCUGGACUCAUUGGAAGCCCCCGGGCGAAAGAUAUUACUCCCGAGAACGUCCCUCAGCAUCUGCAACGGAUGUUGGAGCUCGACGCGGGGAUCUCAACUGAGCUCCGCAAGCACGUCGAGCGCGAGGUGGACAAUCCAGAACUAGCUGAAAAGUUGAAGGCCUGGUACCCCGGCUGGUGCAAGCGUCCGACAUUCCACCAAGAUUACCUCAAGUCUUUCAAUCGUCCCAAUGUCGCACUCGUUGAUACCGAUGGUCAAGGUAUCUCUGGCUAUACUGAGAAAGGUAUUUUGGUCGGUAAGGGCGACUUGGCCAAGGAGUACGAGGUCGACGUUCUCGUACUUGCGACAGGUUUCGCGACGACGACUGCCGUCGAUGGAGACCCAUCCCAAGUACUGAACAUGCCAAUCCGGGGCCGCAACGGUCGCGAUCUGACGCAGAAAUGGCAAAGUGACGAAUUUGCCACCUUCAUGGGCGUGGCUACACACGACUUUCCCAAUCUACUCUUCUUUACCGCAAAGGGUGCCACUUCCUCGGCAAACACGACCUACCCGUACACGGUGGGAGGCAGAUUAGUAGCUCACAUCGCCAAGACUGCCUGCGAUCAUGCUUCCGAUAUCAACAGGGUUGAAGUUGAGGUCAGCAAGGAGGCGGAGCAAAGUUACACGGAGAGCUUGAAGCCCUACGCUCCGUGGUAUGCUCCUGUGGCAUCUUGCACCCCGACUUACUUUAUGGAUUACAAGGAUCCCAAGAAAGAGCAGGAGACAAAGAAGCCCUCGGUGGGCUUUAGUAUGGGGGCUGUGGCUUUCGAACAAGUCGUGGAAAAGUGGGCCGAGGGCAGCUUGAAUGGGUUUGUGGUGCAAGGCUGA